ACAUUUGGCAGAGACACGAUUAACAGCGAUUCAUUCCCAUUUGUUGAAGUCUUAGCUUCUAAAUGGUUCGUAAGCGAUUUCAGGCACAGGAACCCAAAACAGGUCUAUACUAUGCUCAAAACUUCCUAAAGAAAAUUGGGUUAGGAAAGGAGAACUAUUACUUCUGGAAACAAAUCGGUAAGGCUUUGCUUUGCACCUACGCAAUUGCAGGUGCAGUGUGGCUAUACAACGAGACAUCGCCACUGGGGUGGUGGACGCUGAAGCCGCGACCAAAAGAAGAGUGGGAACUAGCCCACUUGUAUGAGUACCGACAGUUCCCAUACCCCGGAGAUGAGGAAGCAAUGCAGGAGUUCAUUGCAAAGGGUGGAAUGAUUGGAACAACCAUUGGUCCUAAAGGGACUAUUGAGACCGAUAAGGAUGCAUUGAAUUACCAGAAACAGCUACAGGACAAGAAGUUUGAGCAAGAAGCUCUGAAAAUGUGGAUGAGGAUGAGGAAUGAGGUCAUUGGUGAGCUUCAGGAACAAGACUUUGAUUUGGAAUGACUUUAGUGAAACUUGACAAUUAGAUAAUAUGAACUUUUUGUGUGGCUGAAAAACAAAAUGUUGGGAAAACAGUUCAUGGUAGUAAAUAGAUUUUGCAUUAUUAAAGGGUUUCAGUUUUAUAAUCUCAAUAAAUAGACUUUGUAUAAGUGCAAAAGGCUAA